UCGCCAAUAGAGUUCUGGAACGUGAAUGCACCAAUCAGCGAGAGCUUGAGGCGGGGAUUCGGCAAUGGAACUCUCCAAGCUGCACGUUCCGAGAUUGCAAUAUUAACAAUGCUGUUGAGGAAUUCAUUCAACACAUUGAAGCAAUUCUUCGGAUCUCAACUGCCUUUGUCUAUCAGUUAAAAUGGUCCAAUGGCAUUCCUACCGUUGUUUGAUAUUACUAUAUGUUGGGUAUUGUAAUGUAAUUAUUUGUACAAAGAAAUUGCAUACCUUAAAUCAGCAACACUUCAUCAAUAUUCUACAGUCAGGAAAAACAUCUUUAAUAUAUUUCAAAAAAACAGCAAAUCCAGCAAUCAGACAUUUUCUUGAACAACUCGAAAAAUCAUCAGAAUCACUUGAAGAGUAUGGCAUCACAGUGGCUCAGGUUGACUGUGCCAUAGAAGCAGUACCAAAAUACUGUGAAGAUGAAGAUAUCCUGAAGAAGGCAUAUCUUUUCCAGGGUAAUCUAAUGCUUAGGAGUUUUGCAACUGAAACAUUAUUUGAUGUGGAUGCAAUUGUAGCAAAUAUAUUAUUUAUUUUGCUGUUCAAUGAAAUAAAGUAUGUAUACUCAUUGAUGGAUCUUCAUGACAUUGAAAAUGAUAUGAAAGGACGUGGUGACAUCAUCUUUACAUUCGUACGAGCAAUCGGUGUUCCAGAACAUAGAGCCAUUAUGGAAACUGCUUUUGUUUAUGGUGCUAAGUAUCAGUUUGUAUUGACCACAGAGCAAAGUGUUUUGGAAGGCAUGGACCUGAAAGAUCCAGAUACGUUUUCAGCCAGACUCUGGUUCUGCCAUUGCAAGAUGGUUACCGAUAGGAAUCAGCCAUGUAAGAGGACCUAUUUUAAACAGCCACUAACUACUGUGAAUAUACAUUCCUACCUUAAGAUAUUGGAGGCUCCGCUAGUGGCAGAGAUUAAUCUUCCACCAGAGGAAGUAUCUACAAUUCAUGUACAGUUAAAGCUGCCAAUUGUGUUUCUUUUUACACAAAGAGAAACCUAUGAACAUGACAGAAUAACUGCCGAAUCUGUCGCAUGGCAGCUACUGGGAAGCGCAGGAGUUGUAUUAGUGUCAAGGAUCCAGCUACAUCCUAAUGUGCCAGCAGAUGUCACUGUAGGCUACAGACCUGCUGGAGGGGACUUACCCAUCAAUUACUUGGUUAUAUCAUCUGUUGAAGAAAUUGUCGAUCUUGUCAAAGGUGAAGUGAAAAAUGUGUCCAACGGCGUUAAAGAUGAAGAAGAGGAAAAUGAAGAUUUGGAUUUCAUAGGUAUUCAAGAUGAUGAAGUGGCAGAAGCUAUCAGCGCAUACAUGUGGAAAGAGCAUGAUCUAGGCUUAAUUCAAGCACUAACAGACAUUAGCUUUCCUACAAUCUUAGAAACAAUUCCCCACGUGGUGGUGCUGUUCUACACUGCUUGGGAUGCUGUUUCCAUGGCAUUCUUGCAGUCCUAUGCAGAAGUAUCUACCAGACUUGCAGAUAUGAAGGACCUUGUCCUGACUCGAGUUAACUGUGGAGACUGGCCAGGUGUUUGUUUGAAUGAAGGCGUUACACACUUUCCAACUGUCAAGAUAUAUAUUCAAGGCGAUAAACCCUUACUCUACACUGGAAUGCUAGGAGUACACAGUCUAUUAAAGUUCAUUAUGCUGAGCAGAAUACCUACUCCCGUUCUGUUGACGUCAACAGAAGAUGUUGAAGCCUGUUUAAAAGGAGAUUUACACAGUGAUCUCAAACCACAAUGGGACAUUCCUGUUGUAGGAUUAUUCAGCUCAGAAAUGAAAGAAGAAAAUGAUGCCUUUAUUGAAGCUGCAUAUUCCCUCAGGGGCACAAUGGUAUUGAGAAUGUACAUCCAGAAAGAUGCUAUCUAUCUCUCUCAAAGGUUUGGUGUGGCUCUACCAGCUCUGGUGUUUGUUAGGGAUGAAAAAUCUGACAUAGAAGCCAUUCAUCUUGAAAAGCCUAGCAGAGAGGACAUUGUAUCUGCAGUCAAGAGUGCCAUGUUGGAAACAUUUCCUGAAGUCACAGUGGAAACUUUCCCUUCUUAUUUCCAUCCUCUGAAACCAUUGCUCAUUCUUUUCAUUGAUAAUGAUGACACCAAGACUUCGAGAGCUAGAAAUGAGCUUGAACAACUUACCAAGUUAAGAGAUGCGCAGACUUAUACCACAUGCUGGAUUGAUUUACGAAAGACACAUGUCGGAAAAGAGAUUCUUCAAGUAUAUUUGAACUACCUCCCACAGCUGCCAGCACUGGUCUUAGUACAACUCAGCUGUCAUGGCCAUGUGUUUGCAUUUCCGGAAGGAGAGCUGAUAUCAACGGUCGGUGUGCUACAUUGGUUAGAGAAGGUACAAACAGGACAGGAGAUUCCAAAAUGUAAUCUGCAAAGAAAAGAGUGGACACCCCCACGAGCUACUUAUGAUUUUCUGGCCAUCAUGGAUAUUGUACGUCCUGGAUUUGCAAAGCAGAGGAUACCCAAUUCUGCAAACCAAGAAAAAUCCUAUGAACAGGAGGAAAGUGAGACUGAACAAUUGCAUGAGAGUGGUGAGGAAGAAGUUCAAAGUGAAUUUGUUGCAACAUCUCAAAAUGUGCAAGGAACUCCUACACAACCAGAUGAGCAAACGAAAAUGCAGCAUGAACUUCAUAAUGAACUAUGAUCAGAAACCACAGUUCAGUAAGUGGAUAGCUCUGAGACUGUUGGCCAGCUAUACUGAUUCUAGCAGCUGAGGCACAAUGGUAUUUGCUUCUGAAUGUUGUUAUAGACUUUAUCAGCAGAAGGUGCAAAUUACUAUCAGAAGCUGAUUGUGCAACAGUAACUGAACACUUCAGUUAAUCCUGUACUGCUUAACAUUUCCUGCAUGAGUCAGACAAAAUAAAGCAGUCAGUUUUCCUAAUAAUGUAUAUUUCUGGAUUUCAACUAAUUCCAUAAUUCAUUAGUAGUUUAUUUUGUUACUCAUCUGAAAUUAGAAAGAAUUUAGUACAGUAUGUCUCAGUAAAUUAAAGCAGUGAAAAUGCUAGUCUUCUGUAUGUCUUGAAUAUUAUUGUACAGGUUGAUUUAACAUAUUUUACAGCAAGCCUCUCAGUCCAAAGUGGUGGAGACUUGAUUACUUAUAACUAUGGCUCCAGACCAUGUGAAUUCCUGCAUGUACUCAAGAUCCCCUAUUCGACUCCUUUCAAAUUUCAGUAAGUGUGCCAGAGUCUGACUCUUGUAUUUUAGGCAGGUAAAAUUGAUCUUUAAUAUUGAGCUGAUGUGUGGUAUACAUUGGCAGGAUAGGAUUUUUUCUUUCUUCACCCAAAUUAUAGCGAUAUAAGCCAGUUUUAACUGUUCACAGAAUAUUGUGCUUUUUGAAAUUUUAUUAAACCAUUAACAUUUGUUAAUAAUUUGAGCUUAUGUGUG